AUGCCACCCAAAAAGCAACGUUCAGGAGUCCGUGGUCCCAACUCCGCUCUUACUGAGUUCCUUCGUGUUGAAGGUAUUACAGACGCGUUCAGAGAACGACGCCAGAGGCAAGAAGAAUCACCUUCCUCGACCACUCCAGCGCCAGAAAGCGUACGAUCCAGCUCCGAAGAUGCAUCUCCGGUGGCUCAGACGCGUGUCAGAGGAGUUGUUGAUGAUGAAGAGGAAGAAAUUCGAGCAGCAGGACGGAAGAAACGCAGAAUUGCCAGGUCUAGAGGCGCAAAUGGUUCACCCGGCGAUGAUGGAUCAGAUAGUGGGUCAGAUAGCGAUUUCAAGGCCUCGGAUGUUGAUAAUGACGAUGAUCUGGAUGAAGCUUUCAAGAAAUUUGGCGAGGAGGAUAUUUGUGUAGAGUGUGGCAAUCCGUUUACCUUGACAGUUUAUUCGAGAUAUUUAGAUGAUCUGAAAGGUUAUUUGUGUGAGGAUUGCAACGAGAUACUUAAGAAGAAGGAACGAAACGCUCGCAGGAACCAGUUAAAUGCUCGUAAGAAGCGGAAGAAGCUAGCGCAGGCGCUUUUGGAUAAAAAAACCGUCAGGUUGCCCACUUUACAGGAUGUGUGUAUCAAAGCCAUCACGCAGAAUAUUGGAGACGUAGAGGCACUAGGAGAAAUUGGUCAGUUGAACAUCAACAAGAUUCUGCGGAUUUUGUCGAAGAACAGGUCGCUUAAUGACUCCACAGUGUCUCUAUUCUUGAAUCCUGAAGUUAAGUCGCUCGAAUUCUGGGAUUGUUCCAAUGUUAGCAGCGAUUCUUUCAAUCAGAUCGCUGCCUACUGCUCCAAACUUGAGUCGCUUACCAUUUUCAUGUGUGGCCAGUUUCAUAACGAUAAUUUGGCCUAUUACAAAGAUAAGCUUCCACAAUUGACUAAGCUAUCGUUCAAUGGACCAUUUUUGAUCAGUAACCAGUUUUGGCAGGACUUCUUCGACCAGGCCAAGUGUAACUUGCAAGAGUUUGAAGUCAGAAAUACCCACAGAUUCGGCAACCAGGCACUUAUCUCCUUAUUGGAGAACAGAGGAGCAGGUUUGACAUCCUUGAAGCUCUCUAGAUUAGACGGGUUGGAUUCUGCUUCUGUGUACGAGCUAAUUCCACAGUACCUCACUCCUUCGCUUUUGACAAGCUUGGAGAUUUCAUACCCUUACAAAGAGGAGUUAAUUUCGGAUGAUUUGUUGAUCCACAUUCUAGCCAUUACUGGCGAAUCACUUCGUUACCUCAACGUCGAUGGAUGCACGAAUUUGACAGAUGCUUUUCUAACUGAAGGCAUAGCCAAGUUUUGUCCCAAUCUUGAAGUCUUGUCUAUGAGGAACCUUGACUUGGUCACGGACGAUGGUUUUGUUGAAGCAUUUACUGAGUUUGCGGUGAUAAACACUGGUGGUCUAACGACUGUGGACUUUACAAAGUGUGUAGGAUUGGGAGACAAAGCUGUGAAUGCUCUCUUUGAUCAUUCAGGUGAAACACUAGUGGAGGCAUCGCUUAAUUCGCUUGAUAGGCUCUCUAAGUCAUUUCUUUUGCAAAUCUUGACCGAAGAUACCGCCCAGUGGAAGAAGGAUUUGCAAAACUCCAUAAGAGAUGGUAUUAACGAUUCUAUCCAAACCGAAGAAGAGAAAAAAUACUUCUACAGUAAAGUUUCGCUUCCUCUCUUGACAAAGUUAGACAUUGGGUUUGUCAGAAGUUUUGACGACGAAGUGACAGAAAUCUUCAGUGAAAUGUGUCCUAAACUUACCUACUUGGAGGUUUAUGGUGACAAUAGAUGUACAAGUAAAGCUAAGGUGAGGUCUGACUUGCUUGUCAUUGGCCGCCAGGGUGAUGCUAUUUAA